AUGAAGAGUGUGGUGUGCGUGAGUGGCGGUGUGUGUGUACAGACGACGAUUGCGGGCUGUUUCUCGUUCGCGGGGAAGGAGCCGACGAAGCAGAUGGCCGGGUGGCGGCACCAUCUUCGGCAUUUCGCAUGGGGCCCGGCGGAAUCGCGUUUCCGCGUGGACUACGCGUGGCCUGAGUGGAUUCGGGAGCGCAGCGGUGUCGCUUAUGUGGCCAAGUGGGGUUGUGAGUUCGAGAUACGACCGGAAAGUCCCGCGUUCGACACUCACGAACUGCGCAAACUCGUCGAACUACUCCUCACAUACGGCCUACCGCGUAACAUGGACCUAGUCGACAUUCCAAGACCAGUCGUCAUGCAAGUCGUGUACGCAAUGCUACGGCCCUGCUCCGACUACGCUGAGGUCCGGACUUUUAUCCGCCAUUUCGCCGAGGAACUCUCCGACCGCUCACAAAUCCAUGCUGUCACCGGCAGAGGCGAUGUCCUCUAG